AUGGAAUUGCACGGGUUCUCAGACGCUUCGCAAAACGCUAUGGCUGCCGCUGUUUAUUUGAGAGUCACUGACGCUGAUGGGAACACAAAGGUCUCACUUUUGUGUUCAAAAACGCAAGUAGCACCGCUGAAGACCAUGACAAUCCCACGCUUGGAAUUAUCUGCCGCAUGGUUGCUAACACAACUGAUACUUCAUGUUAAAGAAGUUCAGUCGCUUGAAAAUGUCAGGAUCAAUCUCUGGACUGACUCCGCCGUGACUCUCGCAUGGAUUAAAAGUCCAGCAAUCCGCUGGAAGACAUUCGUCCGCAAUAGAGUGGGAAAAAUCCAAGAAACGCUUCGAGAUGUCUCCUGGAAAUUCAUUCCAGGAAAACAAAACCCCGCUGACUGCGCUUCAAGAGGUAUACCUACGCUAAAACUGAAACAACACGCUCUCUGGUGGCAUGGACCAACUUGGCUUCAUGAACCAGAAUCCUCUUGGCCCACUCUGGAGCCUCCAACCGACAACCUGUUUCCACUGCUACGGAAGCUUAGCAUCUGGCAUCGUGCCAUCGACCGCUUUAAAAGAGUUCCACAAUCUUCGCUGGCCUACCCGCUUACUCCAUCAGACCUGGAGCGCGCUAAAUUGACCUUGAUUAAGUUCACUCAAGGACAAUACUUCGCUAGAGAGAUUCACACGCUACAAGAUGGUGAUGGUCUGCCUAAAAAUAACAGCAUCACUAAGCUGACUCCGUUCAUCGACCAUCAGGGGGUCCUGAGAGUCGGUGGCCGCUUGAAAAACGCAUUGCUGGACCCAAAAGAGAGGCAUCCAGCGAUUCUACCGCGACAAUCACCGCUUACAUCAAUUUUGAUUGAUGAUUCGCACCGCAAAACGCUUCACGGAGGUACUCAGCUUACGCUCGCUGACUUACGCAAGAGUGUCUGGAUCAUUGGAGGCCGUGUUCCAGUCAGAUCAUUUAUUUUACGCUGCGUUAUCUGCACGAGACAUCGUGGAGAACGCGCUCAACAGUUGAUGGGUCAACUACCCACCGCACGAGUACAGCCAACUCGAGCCUUCUUGCAUACAGGACUCGACUACGCUGGACCUAUCACGCUGAAAACGUUUCAAGGACGUGGAGCAAAAACAUACAAAGGCUGGAUUGCAGUCUUUGUAUGCAUGUUCAGUUCAGCUGUACACUUAGAGCUAGUAACUGACUACACCGCUGCCGCUUUCAUCGCCGCUUAUCGCCGCUUCACUAGUCGCCGAGGUAUCUGCCACACGCUAUAUUCAGACUGUGGAACCAAUUUUGUAGGAGCAGAUAAAGAGCUGAAACGACUAUUCGCUGCAGGAUCCCGCACAUUACGAGAAUUAUCAACCUUGAUCGCUCAAGAUGGCACGAACUGGAAAUUCAAUCCGCCUGGAGCUCCACAUUUUGGAGGAAAAUGGGAAGCCGCUGUGAAAUCUAUCAAAUUUCACCUUCGAAGAACAAUCGGAGACUCGCUGUUGACGCUUGAGCAAUAUUCAACGCUACUGGCUCAAAUUGAAGCCAUAUUGAAUUCCAGACCGCUCACACCGCUGAAUGAAGAUCCUGCUGACCUGGCUGUACUGACUCCAGGUCACUUCUUAAUCGGACAGUCACUGACCGCUAUCCCAGAGCCAUCGCUGACAGAUUUACAACCUGCUCGGCUCUCGCACUGGGAACAAGUCCAGCAAAUGGUUCAACAUUUCUGGAAACGCUACUACCAGGACUGCAUCCACCGCUACCAGGCCAUUUCAAAGUGGCAUCAUCGACGCAACCAGAUCAAGGUGGGUUCAGUUGUACUGAUCACCACUGAGGAUCUCCCGCCAACCAAGUGGCCAUUAGCCAAAGUAAUUGCUGUCCAUCCAGGUGAAGAUGGACAAAUCCGCGUAGUAACUGUUAAGACAGUUAACACAGAGCUGGUACGUCCAAUUACAAAGCUCUGUGUCCUGCCGCUAACGCAUGAAGAAGAUGAUCUUGUCGACGCAGCCGCCAACCCGGGGGAGAAUGUUCGGUGA